AUGCUGCUUCGAAUUUUGUUGUGAGUUCUUUUUUUCUGUAAUUUUAUCAGCGAUUUUUUGGUUUUUCGAUGGUCAAAGUUUAUAAGGAAAAAAAAAGAAAUGAGCUGUUUUUCAGCAAUAAAUCAGAUAUAUAAACAAAUGUAAAAUACACUAUUUUCUCAACUCAUGUUUACCUUUUGAGAGCGACCUCCAGUAUAUUGGCUCUAUGUGAUUGCUGUGCCAAAGACGUCAAGUUCAAGGAGGACCACCCACGUCGAAAAGAGCACGACGAACAGUUUCUACACAACAUGAUGGACCUCAAGAGACACGAGGAAGUCCUUCUCAAGGCCGUGGAGACCCUCAAACAAGCCCGGAAAGCGGACGAACCAAAAAAUGAGGUUUCUUCGAAUCUUUUUAUGUUUUUAUAUUUUCGAAGUUAGCAAAAAUACAAAAGUUUUGAAGUCUAAAAAAAAUUAUCGUCAAAUUAUUUCAACUUUUUCUCUUUUGUACAUGCAAUUCUUAUUGCAUUUUUUUUCCCGUGUGAAGCAAACUAUUUAGAGGAACUGGAUCUUUUUUUUGAAAUAAGAAUAAGGGAAAGAUAAAAAAACAUCUUCCACGCACGGCGUUCUUUUUGACGACGCCCCUCCCACAAUUUCCGUAAUAUUUGACGUCUUUGGUGCAUACACAGAUCGACGCUAACUCGCAUACUCAUUGAAUUCGAAAAUAAUUUUUUUCCUCGAAAAAUAGCGUUUCUUCAAAACUAUAGACGUGAAAAAAAUCGAUCCUAUCACAAUUCCUUUUUCUAGCUGACAAAAAAAACAUUUGGGUGAAAGUUUUUUUCUUAUUUUUCUGAACACUUUUUAUACCUUUCACCCUCAAAAUUAGUUAAAGUCCUUUUUUCAGUGAAAAACGUGGAAUUUUGUGCCGAAAAUGACUUAUUGUGGUUCUAUGUGUCUUUCCCCAAUUAUAAAAAAUUUAGAAAAAAAAAGUUUUCUUUACAGAUUUAGUUUAGUUCAUCCACCUAGCGGUAUUUUUUCUCCUCUGCAACAUCGCCAUACCAUUCUGAUGUUGCGAAAAUGAAGAUAUUGAUUGAUUCGAAUAAAAAAUUUAAUUUGACACUGAAAAUGUUGCUGAAAGGCUUUUUUUUGCUUUAAAGCGGAAAUUUUGUCAAAACCCAGCAGUUAAUAUGGAAAAUUGAAAAAAAAAAGUUCCUUCGCAUUUUGCUGUCGCAAUAAAAAAUAAUUACCGUGAAUCAGAACAAAACAGAUAAAGAUACAACUGAAACAAACAUGAAAAAUCACCUGAAGCACUUGAGAAACAAGAAAUUCAAAUGUUCGCGCGCAAGCUGUCUACCGUAACUCUAGGUGGAGCAACCUUUCAAAGCCGCUCCGCAUUUUCAAAAAUUUUACAUUUUCUUCCACUACGCAGAACGCCGUGCACGUUCAAUGCGUCGCUGCGCCUGCCAAACUAUGGGUGAAAGCUCACGCUCUCAAACUCGUGUCAUUCUGGCCGAGUGGUCUAAGGCGCUGCGUUCAGGUCGCAGUCCUCUUCGGAGGGCGCAGGUUCGAAUCCUGCGGAUGACAGCUCUUUUUUAUUUUUCUGAGACAGAAAUUUAGGGAACGGACUACAAAGCAAAAAUUGCUCAAAUCGAGAAAGAGCUCAGACAAACGAAGGAAGACCAUGCACGAUUAAUGUUUGUUUUUGAAAUUCGACUUUUAUCUUCCAUUUUGAUUUCAGUUCUCGGCACGAAAGCUAUCUUCGGGACUUCGAGAGGCCGAAAACGUGGAGUGACACGAUCAGCAAGUGGACAGGUGAGCCCUUUUCAUUAUCAUAGGAUCAAACGUGAAAAGAUAAAAGAAAAAACUCCAAAAAAGCAAAUCUCAGACCUUCCGAAAAUUCUCCAGCCUAGUCGAAUGAAUAUUUCCUGCAAGAAAGAAAACAAAAUUCAUUUUUUUUUUUUUGGAGUUUUGCUAAAUGCGUAGAUUUCUUAAUAUUCAAAAUGAAUUUCAGGCGACGCGUUUGGUCGGAUGUUGUACAACGCGUUUGCGACGAUCCUCGUGGUUCUGGUGCCAUUCGUGUUGAGACCCAUGCAGCGACGAUGGCUGCUGCGUCGACAAGAAGAGCAAGAAGGCAGAGAAGCCCUAGAAGAGGCCGACGACGUCAACCGACUGAGCGUCGACGAGGUCCGAAGGCUUGCCGGUGCCGAUCGCCCAAUCAGGGCUCAGGACAAGAAAAACGACUGA